AUGGAUGAUAUCAUGCAAGAGCGAUUAAUCGCCAAGAGACACGAAUGGACACAAUUCGAAGAAACGAUCCGCAAAUCCAGAUUUGAUACCGAAGAACACGUUAAAGCUGUUCAAGAUAAAGUAGACUUAACAUUCAACGAGAAGGUUCGGCUUGUGAAGGAAGGGGAGAACGGAGAGGCUGAGAGAAUUAAUCACGAAUUUGACGUGAUGAAUGGCAAGAUUAUCAAGGAGACGCGAAAGAUCGAGGAGGGCAUACGGAAAAAGACUGAAGAGAUACAGGCGAUGAAUCAAGAACUUCGGAGGAAUGAUGACAAGAUUAGCAAGAACAAUGAAAAGAGACAUAAAAUGUUGUUGAAACUCAGACAAGAUUCUGAACUGAGACGUGCUCCGGUAGAACAAAUGCGUCAAGACUGUGGUGAGGAACUUGAAACCAUCAUGGACGUGAUCAAACCACGGAUAGCCGAACUAGAGAGGUUGGCUCGGGAUGCUGGAAGAGUUCUUAAAGAAGUUCAACAAAAACUUGAUGCUCUCGGGAGGCAGUGCAGACCAAAAGUAAAAGAUGCAAUUAUGGAGAGAGCGGUUACUGAUGCGUUGAAGAUGUCUUUUGACAUGGAUGCAUUGGAGCGUAUCAGACAAAGAGUGUCGCGCGUGAAAUUUGUGAGGACGAUUGGUUAUAGCAGCUAUGAUGGAAGGAUCGACGUCGACGGGUACAAUGGGCAUUGGAGGCUUAUGGAUGAAAUCAAUGUCAUGGAUAGAAUGAAAUAUCCAACCAUUGUAGGCUGCGUCGGCUCUUCGAAGGUGCUGGUCACCGACUGGGAAGUUGGGAGCAUGCACACGUAUCUACUUGAUACAAACACCAAGCGAAUUGAUCCAGUCAUUAAGGACGGAGGACAGACCUGUGUUGUCUCCUCUGCGUCUUUGCCCGAUGGGAGGAUCGUGUGCGGAAAGAGACGGACUGGAUGCAAGGCCAUUGCUUUGGGACAAUCGUUGAUAGGAUGCAUCAGCGUGUAUGAUAAACACUGGAAGCUGGUCAAUGACUUCGUUAUACCACGAAACAACACGCUGGAUGAUACCUGGGUGUAUGUUGCUGUGGACCCGGAAGGGCUUAUCAUUGCCGCCGAGUGGGGUCAAGGAAAUGUAUAUUUCAUCAACCCCGACGAUGGCAGUAUCAAACGACGUAUUACAUUUAGUGAUCUUGUACGUGGCGUCGUUUUAUCAGGUCUUAUCUUGGCAGCAUUUUCAUCAAACCAUUGCACGGUCUUGAAGUUCAAGAGGGGAGGGUCUUACAAAGAAAUCCCCUUCGUCAAUAACAUAAGAAGUGCCUGCAUCGACCCACUGACAGACGCCCUCUACGUUAUGACAUCUGGUAAGGAAUACAAGAAGUGUGGGAUCGAAUACGCGACAACGAAGAGUGGGUCGAAGAGGAAACGGGUUGCAACCAUGUGCUUAUCGACGAGACUGGUUAGUGAUAAUGAUAGACUAACACAUCUUGAGAUGUCGCAAGUGAUUAUGACUCCAUCUGGGAAGAUCAUCGUCAGUGACGGCAACAGUAUUCAGAUCAUAAGAAAAGAUUGGUAUUCUAUGGUAUAGUAUUCAACUACAUUUUACAUCUAUGAAGUUACAAAUCACGCCUCCCUUCAUUUCCAAAGAAAUGUGUUGCCAUCACAGAAGGUACCUGCAAUUACCCAAGAUCGACAUAAUAGACCCAAACAUCAAUAGGGGAAGGCGGAGUAAGUUGAGCAUAGGGGCAAGUUGAGCCACCAGCCCCAUAGGCCAAUAUAAGUCAGACAAUGUGGUGGUGUCAUGUAUUGAUGACCCAUAGAAUAAACCCUAAUCCCACCACAUUUUUACAACUUUGAAACAAAAAGUACUUUUUUAGAGGAAAAAAUACAAAUUUUAGCCAAAAAGGUAAAAAGGGUAAAAAAAGGGUAUGAAAUAGAUAAGUUCUUUCUACACACACAGAUCUUUAGAUAUGAUAGAGACAUAAGAACAACAUUAAUAAUCCAGGUAUGGAUUUUCAUUAUUGUCAUAUUCUUUUACAUAAUGGAUGCGUAAGAAAUGUGUGGAUGCGCCAGUAAGUAUGCUGUGUAGACAUAAGUAAAAAGAGCUCUGAACAAGCGCAGCUGAAUAUAUCCAUAUAAAAGCUGCGCUAUAUAAAUUAAUGCUUAUUAUCAUUUAUUUUUAUUAAGUUCGGACUGGGGUAAG